AUGAUGUCACUGGCCAGGCGCCUGCGCCGCCGCUUUCCCAGCCUGCUGGAUCGCCCCUACUUCCCGAAGCGGUACCCCAUUAUAUCUACACAGGUCGCCCGCGCCGCACAGAGCGCAUCGGCGUUUGCCCUCGGCUUCUUCCAGCGCGCAGGGGCCAACGGCGGGCGGCCGCAGCCCGUGGCGAUGUCGAUGCUGCCCAAGCGGCGCGACGCGGUCCUGAGGUUUUUCCAGGUGUGCCCAGCCUACCUGCAGCACGAGGACACAGUCGAGCGGUGGCUGGCGCCCUGGCUGUGGCACCACUGGGAGUCCAUCCUGCCAGACGUUGAGCGCCGCCUCGGCCUGCCGCGCGGCGCGGCGCAGCCCUGCGACAUCGACGCGCUGUGGCAGCUGUGCUCAUACGAGGCCGGCCUGCUCGGCGCCCUGGGCGGCGCCUGCAGCGCGUUCGAGCGGCCCGAGGCUGAGCUGCUGGAGUGGAUGGAAGACGUGCGGCUGUAUGAGACGCAGGGGCCCGGGGCGGACAUCAACAGCAGGAUCGCGGGUGUGCUCCUGGCAGACCUGGGCGCGUCCCUCCGCGGCGCUGCGCAAGCCAGCGCCGCCGGCAAGGAGCCGCUGCAGCUGGCGCGGCUGCACUUUGCGCACUGUGAGACGCUGACGCCUCUCCUGACGCUGCUCGGCCUGUUCAAGGCGCAGCUGUCAGGGAGGGCAUCCGCAGCGGCCCCAGGGGCGCCAGUGGUCUCGCCGCGCCAGGCGCAGCAGGAGGUGGGGGGCGUGGACUCGAUUGUGGACGACGCUGCGCUGGCGGUGGCGCGGCGGCUGGCGGAGACCCGCAGUGGCAGCAGCAGCGGCGGCGCCAAUGGCGAUGGUUUGGCUGACGCUGGGAGCGGCGGCGUGGGGAGCAGCAGCUUGAGCGACGGCGGUGGCGGUGCCCUGGAUAACGGUAGUGAGACGAGCGUGGGCAGCACGGACAGCUGGGGGCUGGAGAGCCACCUGGGUGCCAGCAGCAGCAGCAGCAGCAGCAGCAGCAGCAGAAGCAGCAGCGGCGGCGGCGGCAGCAGCGGCGGCGACGGCGCCGGGCGGCUGCGCCACAAGCAUGGCCCGCGAGCGGCUGGGUGCGCGUACAAGGGGAGAGAGCUUGCCGGCGGCCCCCUCGCGCCCCCGCCAGGCUGGGAGCCGCUGCCCAACGACGGCGGGCGCGAGUGGCGCGGUGGGCGCGUGGCGCCGCUUGGGGGCAACCUGGUGGUGGUGUUGUACCAAUCAGACAGCCGCCCGGCGCGCCACGUCGUGCGGUUCGUGCACAACGAGCAGGUGCUGGCGCCGCCGUUUUGCGGCGGCGGGACAGACUGCGACCUGGGGGAGUUUCUGGAGGCGGUUGUCGACAAAGGGGCGGCAUCUGUCGGGCAGCUGCUGGAAUUGUGCGAGGUGGACAGGAGGGGCGCGGGGCCUGGCCAGGGCCGCGGCGCCGCCGGCGCCGCGCCCGUCGUGACCGCAGACGGUCUGCAGAUUGAGCUGCCCUCUUUGAGCUGA